GCGCGGCGUUCUGUCUCAUUUCCCUCAAGGAACGAAUGCGGACUGGGAAAGGAGAAAAGGUAUCCAGUUUGUGCGCAAUAUAUUUCUUUCUGAAUAGUUUGGGUUGAAAAAUACAUAAACCUGUGAAGUGAUAUCUCCAAUUAUCAGGCAAGUUAAAUUCCUUUUUCGUUAGCCCCUUGUGGACGCGAAUAUGGUAAGAAGAGUCCAGAAAGAUGUCUCGCUAUCCUCACGACGCUAAAGUUUAUGUUGGAGAGCUAGGCAACAACGCCAGCAAACAGGAAAUUGAAGAUGCCUUCUCUUAUUAUGGGCCGUUGAGAAACGUUUGGGUCGCUCGGAAUCCGCCCGGUUUCGCCUUUGUGGAGUUCGAGGAUGCCCGCGAUGCGGAAGAUUCGGUGCGUGGUCUUGAUGGCCGUACAAUUUGCGGCCGUCGAGCUCGUGUCGAAUUAUCCACCGGUAAGGGAGGACGCGGCUUUCGUGGUGGUGGCGGCGGCGGUGGUCCACCCCGUGGAAAAGGAGGUCGUGGUAACUUUCAUCCGGACGAUAGAUGCUAUGAAUGCGGAGGGCGAGGACAUUACGCUCGGGAUUGUACCAAGCGUGGACGCAGCAAGGGACGUAAGAGAUCUCGGAGCCGCAGUCCCCGUUCGCGCUCUCGUGAGCUUCGUACUCGUUCUAAGAGCUACAGCCGUAGCCGCAGCCGUGAUCGUGGUCGUGACCGUGACCGCCGUACUCGGUCGAAGACACCGAAGAAGACAACCCGUGACCGUUCGAUCACUCGGGAACAUACCAAGUCCCCACGCCGUUCCAAAACGCAUUCUAGGAGCCGUUCACGUACACCCCGUUCUGCCAGCAGAUCUCGUUCCAGAUCACAUCGUCGCAAUGGCGACUCACAUCACGAUUAAUCGGUCUACGUUCAGUGAACCGUCGAACGCUUUGUUGCCAGUAGCAUUCCGUCCUGGGAACUACGUGGCUGCAUGCUGCUAGACCACCACCGGAAAUGGAACAGAUACUGAAUAACGAUUUUUGAUGAAACAAAUAUGACGCAGCUUUUCAAGUGAGAGUAGGAUUCUCACAAUUUGGCUAGAUAAGGAUUUACUACUAUUAAAACCAACAACUACUUAAUGCGUAGAUUGAAAUAACAGUUUUUAAUUUGUUCCAAAUUAAUUCAAAGCCCUACAUCAUUAGAUUACAGUGUUUGACUAGACCAAGUUAGUUAACGACUUGUGAAUGAAAAAUACUAGAUCGUAAGAAAGAAGGUACUACUGGACGUUCCUCUUAGCGCUCAGCUCUCUUCGCUGAUUCAGCACAAUCACAUUCUAUUUUAUCCCAGCGCAGAAAUCUGCAUUUAUCCAAGUAAGUCCACAGGAGAACUUUGAAUGCUAGUUUAGAACGCAGGAACGGUCCUUUUAAUUGAAAUGUGUAAACUUGAUUAUAUGGAAUAAAAGUAUUUGAACUGGA